GAGCGGAGCCGCGGUACGCCGAGCCGUGCCGUGCCGUGCCGUGCCGUGCCGUGCCGUGCCGGGGCCGCGCGGGGCGCCGGGCCGCUCCCGCGUUCUUGAGUCACGGGAGCUCCAGCAACGCCAGUGUGAGCCAGGUGCCAGCCUCAGGACGUGUCCUCCUUGCCUGGCUCGCGUUCCCCCUUCCUGUCCCAUCCCGGACAUGAGGCCGCUGUGGGGAAGGAGCUGACUGCACCAAGCCUGCUGAGCCUCAGCCCCUGUUUCACCAUGGCCUCCCAGCCUCAGCCCCUGCACCCUCCAUUGCCCUGUGCCUCCGCCAAAGGCAGCACUGGGCUGGUGGCAGGCAGCCCUGAGAAAGGCAGUGCUCGCCCCAAACCGCCCGUCCGGCCCAAACCUCGUGUGCUGCCCAAGCCAGCUGUGCCUGCCAAACCCUGCCUCCCGCAACCCCCACCGGGGCCGCGCCACCCUCGCCCUGAGCUGCCCUCGGCUGAGAAGAUCAACCGCCUGGCAGGGCCCAAGCCAUAUGCUGGGAGCAGCUCUGGAGGGGCUCUCAAACGCCCCUCCUUCAGCAUCAAGUCGCCUGAGACCCCCAAUGGGAAGGGGCUCUCGUCCCCUCCGCUUUCAGCUGCGGGGGACUUGAGUUUGACCCCCACUGAUGAGGUCUCUCCGGCUCCACUGACACCCUCUCGCAAAGGCCCAGCUACCUUCAAGGUCACGCCAGUGCCAGUGGCGGCCAAGCUGGAGCGAUUCCCUGGCACCACCGUGGAAGAGAUCCUGGCCAAGAUGGACAGCAAGGAGGGCCCAGGAAGCCCUGACCGGGCCAGACUCUCUCCCUUUUGCCCUGAUGCCCCCUCUCGCUUUGGAUCCAAGACCUUCACCGCCUUCCGGAGACGUCCUAGCAGGGAGGCUGAUGGAGAAGCCCCCAGUGAAGCCCGCCAGGCACCCCUGCCAUCUGGGGCUGAGCUGGGCAUUGGGGAUGAUGGAUGCCCAAUCUCUGAGAUGAGCGGCUCCCCCCCAGCCGGCCCGAGCUGUGCCGGGGACCCCCACGGACGCUGGAGGCCGCCUUCUCCCCCUGACCUCUCUUCUCUCCAGUCAGGCACCCUUGGACCCCCUGGCUCCCCAAGGCCCCCCGCCUGCUCGGCCCUGGCUCCAGGAGCUCCUUUCCGGCCUGCUGAGCUCUCUGCCUCAGCCCCUGGCUCUCCUGAUGCGCCCCCGGAGCUCCUGGCCCCUGGCUCCCCCACCCCGGCACCCGGCUCGCCUGAACCUCCUGCUCGGCCUCCAGCUGAGGUCUCGGCUGCCUCCAUCCAAGCCCCUGGAGCUCCCUCCUCCGCAGCUGAACCCUGGCUCAGCAUCUCCCGUUCCCCUGGCUCCCCGCACACUCCCAGUGAAGGAUCUCCUGACACUGCCAGCCCCCCAACUCCGGGCACUCCUGAACUGCCCCCCAGAGUCGCUUGCUCCCCUGGUUCUCCUGAGGCUGUCACUGGGUCCCCAGGUCCCCCCAGCCCAGACUCGGAACCUCCUACUAGAGUCUCUCGUCCCCCGGGCUCCCCGGAGGGACCUGAUGACUCCCCAGUGUCCCGAAGAUCCCCUGAUGACUCCCAGGGUCCCAAUUUCAGCUCUCUUUCCUCUUCCAGAGACUCGGGGCUCCGACGCUCUUCAGAGGGGGUGUUGCAGCCUCCAACUCAAGGGCAGGGCAUGGGGCAGCUAGGGGGCUCCUUGAGUGCUCUUCCCCAUCCUGGGGACCCCCCGUCGAAGUGGUCAUUGGGCAGCGAGUCCAGCUGGAGCCUUUCCCAGUCCUUUGAGUGGACAUUUCCCUCGCAGGCUGCCCCGCGGGGUGCCAGGCGAGUUGGUUCACCCCCGAGGUCGCCCAUUCGUGAGGCAGCUGACUCGGGGCUCUCUGAAGAGGGCGAGUCAGAUGGGGAGGGUCCUUCCCCCAGCCCCCCAGGCUCCCAGGUGGACAGUGGAUCUGAAGAGCCCAGUUCCGAGGUGGCCAAGAGCCAGGGAGCAGAGGGGGAUCUGUGUCCGGGUGGUCCUGUGGCCCAGCGAGAGGCCAAGGGCUCCGCAGAGGAGAAGGAAGAAGAGCAGGAUGGCGCCACGUGCCGCGGCCUGCUGUGUGUGAUGGAGCCUGACCAGGACCCAGCUGAGGCUGAGCCCCCUGCCCAGCCCUGCCUCAUUUGCAAGGUGGCCCCGCAGGAUCUGGAUCCUGUGGCCUCUGAGGCUGACUCAACCUGGGAGGUGGCAUGCGCAGGCAGCCGCCCAGUAAAUCUGCAGGGCCCUGGUGGGCCAGGCCAGGGCGAAGGAUCUUCCGAGACCUCAAAGCACCCCGAUGCCCAUGCCGACCCGGGCUGGCUGACCGAGCUGCUGGCAUCGCCCGUGGCCCACACUGCGGGGCACAGCUCUCCAGACACGGAGGGGCCAGAGGACUUGCUCGGCUGGUCACGGAAGGACCUGCGCAGUGAAUUUGGCAUCGGGGGAUCUCACCAAGCUGGUGCCUUUGAUUGGACCCACGAACCGACAGCUGGGAAGAGAGACUGGCCUGGUGAGACGGAGCAGGACCAGGAGUUUGGUGCCAAGUCCAGCUGGGACAGCACCCACAGUGUUGGUGAUGCGAAUCGGCAAGAUGGGGCCUUCGGCACUGCCAAGAGGGACUGGGGGAGCGAUUACAAAGGGCCAGAGCUAAUGGGGGAAACAAGAUUGAGUGACAGUGACUGGUCUAGCUCCCGUGCCGCAGGCGAAAGCUGCAUACAGGAUCAAGACUUCAAUGCUGGCAAACCCAAGUGGAGCACCGGCUAUAGCUUGGACAGUGCUGGCAGCCAGGAGGAGAUCAGCCCUGGGAAGGCUGACUGGAGCAGGACCUACAGCUUGGGCCAUGGCCAGCAGCAGGACAAGGAGCUGAGCUCCAGGCAGCCCAGUUGGGCUGGCAGAUAUGGCUCUGGGGAUGCAGAGACCCGGGAUGGGGACAUCACACCUGCCUGGGCUGGUGAAUAUGGCACCAGUGAUGCAGAGAUCAAGGACAGGGAGAUCACCCCAGACUGGGCCAGUAAAUACAGCAAGAGAGACACUGAGACGAAGGAUGAGGAUUUUACACUGGGCUGGGCUGGCAGAUCCAGCACGGGGGACACUGGGACCCCAGAGAAGGAGUUUUGUUCCAGUAUGCCAGCCUGGGACAGCAAAUACAACACUAAGGACAUGGAGAACCAAGACAGGGAGUUCAGCCCCAGCAGACCAGCCUGGGACAGCAAAUAUAGCACCAGGGAUAUGGAGAGCCAGGACAGGGAGUUCAGCCCCAGCAGACCAGCCUGGGCUGGUGAAUACAGCACCAGGGAUAUGGAGACCCAAGACAGGGAGUUUAGCCCCGGCCGACCAGCUGAGGCCAGGGCUACAGAGAGCCAGGACAGGGAGUUCAGCCCCAGCCGACCAGCCUGGGCUGGUGAAUACAGCACCAGGGAGAUGGAGACACAGGACAGGGAGUUUAGCCCUGGCCGACCAGCUGAGGCCAGGGCUAUAGAGAGCCAGGACAGGGAGUUCAGCCCCAGCCGACCAGCCUGGGCUGGUGAAUACAGCACCAGGGAGAUGGAGACCCAGGACAGGGAGUUCAGCCCCAGCAGGCCGGCUGAGGCCAGCGAAUACAGCCCCAGGAACACGGAGAGCCAGGACAGGAAGUUCAGCCGCAGCAGAUCAGCUUGGGAUAGCGAAUACACCCCCAGGGAAAUGGAGACACAGGACAGGGAGUUUAGUCCCAGCAGAUCAGCCUGGGCCAGUGACUACAGCUCUACAACCCCUAAAAAGGAGAAUAGAGAGUUCAGUCCUGGCCGGCUGAGUUGGGCUGGUGAAUGCAGUGUUGGCCAACCUGAGCCAGCAAACGCUUUCAGUGUCAGAAAAGGAGACUUACCCAGCUCCUGUGCCCCUGAUCGCCCAGCUCGAGAUCCUGACUGGAGAAGCACUGACAAGCAGGAGUGUGGUACCAUUGGCAGCAGGGACUGGGGUGAAGAACUUAGCCUCAGCGGAGCUGAGCACCAGAACCAAUUUGGCAUCAUUGGGACAGACCGGGUGGCAGAUCCCUCCAGGGCUGGAGCUUCAUUGGAUGGCCUGGCACCCUGGGCCAGUGAAAUUAGGUCCAGGGAACUGCAGGAGCCCCCUGAGCCCAGGGAAACACUAGGAGACUGGCAAAGGGAUCUCUCCUUCAGCAGCUUGGAUGCUAUGAGCUGCCUGGGCCCUGCUGACACUGACGGGGGUGGACCAGGCCAAAUAGCCUGGGAUCAGGGCCCAGGCAGCCUGCCUGUCCCCAGCAGCUCUGCUCUGCCCAGGGAGGCCCGAGUGGAAGAACCAGAUUGGAGCCAACAACUCGGCGACACUAGCUGGAGCGUGGAGCUGUGUGACCCCUCGGCUGAGGCCAGGGAGACAGAGGCUGGGCGCCAGGAGUGGGCUAGCGCAUUUGGUGCCCGGUGUGCAGCCCGGAACCGGGACUUCAGUGCCAUGGAGCAGAAGGGGGAAGCUGGCACCAGCUUGGAGGAUGGAAGCCCUGCAGGCACCUGUCUCUCGGACUGCAGCCCAGUGCUGGAGGAUGCUCUAGCCGACCCCCCAGUCACAGCAUUUCCCCUGGAUGAGCCGCCAGCCCUGCUCCAGAGGCGCAGCUCCACGGAUGAGAGGGACCUGCCCGAGCUGGCAUCUACCUUGCACAGCCCCAGGGUCUCCCCUCCACUGCCAGAGGCUUCUAGUGAGACCCUGCCGGAGAUGGAGAACCAAGAGGCCCUCUUGGACCACCCAGAUGGAAAGAGACCACCAAUCUGGGAGGAGAAGCGGCUGUCCUGGGCCACCCCUCAGCCUGAGGGACCUGGGGACCUCUCUGGGCACGAAUUCACCUUCCUGGAGGACACGGAGGUCCUGGACAGCACUGUGUACCGCAGCAAAGCCCAGCUGGGUCGCAAACGGGGGCACCGGGCACCUGCCCUCCGUCCUGGGGCUGCUGCGGAGGGUGACAGCUGGAUCUUCCAGGACUCGACAGAGCCCGGUGCAGCCCAUGUGACAGCAUCCUCCGAUGAGGAGGCAGCGGAGGAACCCAAGAGCCGUCGGGCGCGAGCAUCCCUGUCGGGUAAGGGGGUCAAGGUGCCGCUCUUCCCUGGUCUGAAUGCAUCUGCCCUCAAGGCCAAGCUGAGGGGCCGGAACCGCUCUGCUGAGGAGGGGCCGCAGCUGGGGGAUGGCAAGCUGACUCCUGCCAAGGACCCACAUGUGCAGCGCUCCAAGUCCUGCAAGAUCCCCAGCUUGAGUGGGAAACCCCUGGCACUGCCCCCCAAGCCGGAGAAAUCCUCAGGGUCAGAUGCUUCGUCGCCCCACUGGCUGCAAGCCCUGAAGUUGAAGAAGAAGAAAUCUUGAGCUAAUCCGACGGGGCUCCCUCUCCUGCCAGCGUGUUCCCGGGAGACUGACGGCCAGGCAGCCCCAGGAUCCAGCCUGCUCGUGGCAGGACACACAUACAUACAUCUAUGCACUUUGUACGAUGCUCGCGAGGUCGCUCCCCUACCUCCCCGAGUUCCUUCCCUCCCGUCCCCUCAGCCCCCACGCCUCCCUCAAGCUGUCCCUUCCUUUGGCCACCCUGCCCUUGUCCCUGUGUUCCUGAGGGAUCCCCCCUCUCCUCCCCGCUCUCAUAUAACCCUCCAGACAAAGAGCAACAGGUCAAUAUUUUGGUGCCACUUUGACAAGACAAUAAAACAUUUUUGGUUGGUUUUGA